GAACACCAAUAAGAUUGCUGCAAGGUGUUAAGAGAAAAAUACAAGAACUGAGUUGGAGUGUUCCUGUGCAAGAGACAUUGCAUUAACAUUACUGAGAUACUGUGUAGAUCUGAAUCUAAAUCAGCCCUCAUGGAUUUUUGUCCAUAUUUGAUUCCUUCUGUCAACUGAACUCACAAUAUAUAUUGAACUACUCUCAAAACAAAGAAGGUAGAUCCAAAGACUCAUUGGAAAGCCAUUCUCUUCUCUAGUAAAAUGUCAUCAACAUCUCAUCACCAACCUCGCUCGAAGAGCUUGCCAUGUAGACCACACCCUCUCAUUCUACAAUGCAAUCAACACUUGGGAAGUUUAGAGGUUUCAGAUGAAAUUUCCUCUUCAUCAUCAUUGUUCAGCAACAAACUAACCAAUCUGCAGACUUUGUAUGAUUGUGUUGAAAAGCUGGUCCUUCUGCCACUUACUCAAGAAGUCGUGGCUCGAGAGCGCCAAGAGAAAUGGGUAGAGGAGCUUUUGGAUGGAUCUCUAAGGCUCUUAGACGCGUGUUCCGUAGCAAAGGAUGCUCUUCUUCAUACAAAGGAAUGCGCACGCGAGCUUCAAUCAAUCAUGAGAAGAAAAAGGGGAGGCGAAAUGGAGGUAACAGCUGAGGUGAGAAAAUUCUUGGCCUCUAGGAAGAUAGUUAAAAAGGCAAUCUCCAAAGCCUUGGAGAAUUUGAAGGCUUCUUUGAAGAAAGGAAAAUUCUCUCCUAGCAACAAGGACCAUCAAACCACCUCCUUAGUUAGCCUGUUAAAGGAUGUGGAAGUGAUCACUCUUUCCAUAUUGGAUUCACUCCUGAUCUUCAUCUCUGGACCAGCUCAAUCAAAACCAAGUUGGUCUUUGGUUUCCAAGCUAAUGAAAAAUAAGAAGGUUUCUGGCACACAAGAAGCAGAUCAGAAUGAAUUUGCCAUUGUAGAUGCUGCAUUGCAGUCUUUUGCGUUUCAAAUGACGAGGAAGUCCGGCAACAUCAAUCAACUGCAGAACCAGUUGGAAAAUUUGGAGUCAGUCAUUCAAGACUUUGUGGAAGCACUUGAAACUCUUUUCAAACGAUUUAUUAAAAUUAGAGUUUCCCUUCUCAACAUUCUCAAUCACUAGUUGUACAAAUCCAGAUGAAUGUUUUGUAAUUAUGUCAAUGAAAUUGACUUCUAAUUUAGUGUUGAAUGAAAAUUAUUCUCUACCUGGCUUGCUUUUUUCUAUUACAAGGAUUAGUAGUUAUUAAUGGUGUGCUUUUAUGCAUCAUUUUGUACAGUUAGUGAAGUGCUUAUGGCUCU